AUGGCAGAAGCACAGCAACCCUUCGUUCUGAUCACCACACCUGUAGGAGCUUUCGAAGCUCGUGAAUGCGCCGUAUCUGCAACUGCAAUGCCCGAUGCUCACGAAUGCGCUGUAUCUGCAGUCGCAAUUUUCCCCGAUAGACGACACAUGGUGACCGGCUUGGGAGAUCGUACGCUUUGUCUAUGGGACUUGAAGACUGGUGUAAUCAUGAAGAAAAUGGAGGGGCAUCGCGCCUGGGUGGGAGCAGUGGCAGUAUCACGGGAUGGGCAGUUGAUAGCGAGCGGUGAUGCUAAUGGAGAGCUCAUUGAGUGGGACGGCAACACCGGUGAAUCUCUCACUCAACCCAUCAGAGUCCACUCCAAACAGAUCGUGUCGCUCGACUUUUCUCCAACUGGCACAGUACUGGCGAGUGGUUCAUGGGACACCACGACAAAGCUCUGGAGCACAGGAACAUGGCAGAUGCACGGGAAUGCAAUCGAUUGUAGCGAUGGUGUUCAUUGUGUUCGGCAUUCCCCGUCUGGAGAAUAUCUCGCCAUUGCAACAUCUAAGGAUGUUCAAAUAUGGACUACAGGCAAGAGGGAGUGCAUUGCACAUUUCCAGAGUCACGCUGCGCUCGAUCCAGCCUGGAAUUAUUCACUUGCGUGGACGCCUGAUGGUACGCGGUUACUCUCAGGCUCCAAUCCAGAUCCUACCAUACAGGAGUGGGAUACAUCAACGUGGAAGCAGGUUGGUGAUCCUGGAAAGAGCCAUAUUGCAGCCAACACUAUUACCGGGGACCCCACUGCUAGCUUCGUAGCCUCCGCAUCCACGGACCACCCCCGACUCCAGCGGUUGUCGGAUCGACGAACUAUCGCCAUUUUCAAGCACUCUAAUGGCGUUUACUCUGACACUUACUCCACGUACGGCAAGCACAUCCCCGCUGCAGGAAAAGUUAGGAAGUCAUUGGAUUGGUCAGUUCUGGAGGAUUCUUUAGUCAAUUCCAAGAUCCUCACUAUGAACAUGGCAAUCCGCAAUGCAUGCGUAACUGGGGACUUGCACAUUGCUGAAGCGCUGCUGACACGACAGAUUUAUGCUGAUCACAACGACUACAAUGCCUACGCCAAUCGCUCAUUUGUUAGGGCGCGACAAGCCGACUGGGACCGCGCGCUUGAUGAUGCACUCAAGUCCAUUAGCCUUCAGCAUUCCUUGACAGGCUGGAUUUCCAAGGGCAUUGCCCUUUGCGGAAAAAUGCAGAUCCAGGAUGCGAUGGAAGCAUUCGACCUCGCGUUUAUGUUUACGAAUGAAUAUUCAAAGACUACCCAUAUCCUCCUCUUGAUCAAGGCACGUCAAUAUUUUCUUGCCAUCGCUUAUUUCAAUGCAUAUCAACACGAGCACGCAAUCCUGCGCAUCCAAAAGUUGGCUAAUGUUUGUCCCAAGGCAGAUAUUCCUGUCUGCCAUAUUGUAGAAGGAAUAAACGCUUUUGAUGGCGCCUAUGAGAAUGAAGCUGCUGACCACCUUACUGUUAUUAUCAACACCAUCGCUCUCACCUCUCAGGGGGCCAUUCAUUCUAAAUAUGAGGACCUUGUCGUGCUCUUCGGAUGGGACCUCAAGCAACUGUGGCAAAUUGCAAGCCAGAAACGGUGCGAUGCGCUCCUUCAUGCAGGUAGGCUUCGAGAAGCCCACGAAUCGUAUCGAUAUAUGAUGGAUGUGAGCGAUGAAGCGACGAAGGCUAGCUGCCUUGUUGGCAUAGCUUUCAAGCAACGGUGCAGCGCCCUCUAUGCUGUUGAUGGAGAUGCCCUUGUGACGAGCGGGAAUGCUGCAUUCGAUGCGAACAAUUACGACAAAGCCAUUGAGUUAUACUCGGUAGCGAUCGACUUGGAUUUUGCAACUGAGGCUAUCUUUGCGAACCGCAGUAAGGCCUGGCUGGAAAAACUGCUAUGGGAGGAUGCACUCCUCGAUGCGGAAAAGGUUAUCAAACUCGACCCUGCUUCUUAUCUUGGAUACGAGUUGAAACAUGCGGCGAUGCAUGGCACACAGCGCUACGAUGAAGCCAUCGAGGCUUUCCAAGUUAUGCUAUCCAAGUUGGACAAUUCUGCCGACACUCAGCUACAAGACCUGCGCCGACAACAUCUCAGCUCAUCCGAAGCAGAGGCCAUGAUCGAAAAGACCAUCUAUUUCGAACUCGAAUGCACCCCGCUUCGUCUACUCAACACAUCCGCUGGUCGUUUGUGCGAUCGAGAGGCACAGAUAAAUGCCUUCAAGAUGAGCACGGAGUACAAGGAGCUUCUGUCAUCCACAAUGAAACAUGCAGAUCUCUGUAUAGCGCGUAUGGAGGAAGUGGUAGCGGAGUAUUUCGGUUAUGUCAUGCUAUCACAUAGAUGGGAGGAGAGCGAGUCGUUGCUGCGAGAUAUCCAGGACAAAGAUGUGUACGAAUUGAGUCCCAUUGGCGGUAUCGUGAAGUUGCAGUCAUUCUGCAAAACUGCUCAUACUGCGGGGUACCGAUGGGGGUGGAUUGAUACGUGCUGCAUCGACAAAAGUAACAAUAUCGAGUUCCAAGAAUCCAUCAACUCCAUGUUUGCCUGGUAUCACCAUUCAGCGCUUACCAUUGUCUAUCUCCCAGAUGUUCUGCCUUCAUCCAAACCUGGCGCAAUGGCAAAGAGCUCUUGGAAUACCCGAGGAUGGACAGUACCAGAAUUACUCGCUCCCAAAACCAUCCGCUUCUACCAGAAUGACUGGACCUUGUAUCUCAACGACCGCACUCCCAACCACAAGCACUCUGAUGCGAUCAUGCAGGAGUUGGAGGAAGCGACGAGCAUAGAUCCACAGGAACUUGUUGCCUUCCGUCCUGGUAUGAGAGACGCCCGAGAGAAACUACGAUGGGCAUCGAUGCGCGCCACCACUGUGCAAGAAGAUGUUGCAUACUCGUUGUUUGGUAUUUUUGGCAUCAGCCUACCUGUAAUGUAUGGCGAGACGAAGCAGAAUGCGCUCGGGCGGCUCUUGCAGGAGAUUGUUGCUCAGUCAGGCGAUCUCACUGCUCUCGACUGGGUCGGAAAAUCAUCCAGAUUCAACAGCUGUCUUCCUACCGACAUCACUUCAUAUGCAACCCUACCGUACACACUGCCAUUUAUAUCUGAGGAAGAGAUGGAGAUAUCGGUCUCAUCACUGAAAAACACUGUGGUUGUCGAGUUGGCUAUGAGAUUGUAUAGCACACUCAACAGCCUGGCCGCUCCACGUUUUUAUCGCUGCCGGCUGCAACUUCCAUGCAUCACAUUUCCUGUCACAGAAGUCAGACGGAGACCCGCUGAACACGAGGAGACGUUGUUCACAUAUACAGUCAAGGCGGAUGGACUUCAUGACUUGAAGAUCACCACGGAAGACAAGUUGCUUCAGUUCUCACGAGGAAGACCCACUCGACAGUCAUUCUUUCUUGUUCGUCCUUGGGAUCGACGUCUCCUCGGGCUGCCUGAAUUUUUAGAUGACGUACAGAGCGUGGAUGAUUGGAGUGAGAUUGAAUCACUAUCAUCAAGUUCAUCCCCUGGAGAAAAGUGGGGGGUUCGUUCGGAAUCUCACUCCCAAGCGUUACAAUUACUGUUUCGCCUUGGACUGCCUUUUCCCGCAUUUUUGCUAGCGCAGCAACGCGGUGGAGAAUACAAGAGAAUUGCAUCAGAUCGUUACAUUAUUGCACAAGUUCAAGACGUCGCUUCUGUUCACGCCAUGAUGGACGUCAGGAUAUUGGAUAUAUUGUAA